UAGCGUAGUUUUCCAGUAGCACUCAGUUAAUACAACUCGUUUGAAAGAUUCAGUGAACAAGUUAUUCCGCAGAACAUGUCAGAUCACAGUUUCACUAAUGAUUAUUUAGAAAACAAUCGCCCAAAUGGACUCAAUACUCCGAUGGGAUUGUUUUUUCGCGGAAAAACGGUUUUUCUUACCGGUGGGACCGGCUUUUUGGGUAAAUUGUUUAUCGAAAAAUUGUUACGGUGCGAUGUGCGUGAAAUAAUUCUGCUGAUUCGUAAUAAACGGGACCGAACUCCGCGGGAGCGGCUGCGGAAACAGUUGGAACGAGAAGCCAUUUAUGUCAGCUACGCGAAAGACCCAGACUAUUAUUGGGACCGACUGCGAAUCGUGGAGGGUGCACUGCAGCACAGCGAACUCGGUCUCGCCGAGAAGGAUCUCGACUAUCUGCGAAACAACGUAGAUAUUGUGAUUCACUCGGCCGCGGACGUGCGGUUUGAAGUUUCCCUCAAAACCUCCAUCAAAACGAACGUUUUCGGUGCUAAUGAACUGCUCCAAAUCGCACUGGGAAUGAAAAAAUUGGUCUCCUUUCUGUACAUAUCAACCGCUUACUCCAACUGCAUCCGUGAUGUGGUAGAAGAAAAGUUCUACGAUAUGGGGGUGGAUCCGAUGAUGUUGAUUCGACUGGUGGAUAUGGCAGACGAGCACGAGUUGAAUGCACUGACGAAGAAGAUCACCCAACCCUGGCCAAAUACGUACACCUUUGCCAAGGCACUGGCGGAAAGUGUGCUCCGUAGCUACUGUGAACGAUUGCCGGUGGCAGUGAUAAGGCCGUCUAUUAUUAUAGGAACCGUGCGGGAUCCGAUAGAAGGUUGGGCUGACAAUCUGUAUGCCCUGAAUGGUGCUAUCGUCGGAUUCGGCUGUGGUGUUCUGCGUGUUGUGCAAGUUUACGAACACUGCCACUUCGACAUCAUUCCGGCCGAUUUGGUUGUAAAUUCCAGCUUAGCCAUCGUAUGGUACACCACGGAGCAUAAAAAUCGAAAUACGACAUCGACAGAAAACGUGUUCAACUGUACGUGUCGAUCCGAUAACCCGAUUACAUUUACUGAUGGUGUUAGGUACGCAAUGAGCCACAGGAACGAUUUCCCACCUGUGAAAACCCUGUGGUACCCAUCAGUUACCAUGACAGCUUCAGCUACUGUUAACUAUAUCCUGCAAUUAUUGUAUCACGUCUUGCCUGCAAUGAUCCUGGACCUGCUGGCCAGAUUGAAGGGGAUGGAACCGAGAGUUUUGUUCCUGUACCGCAAAGCGCGGCAAUUUAGCGAUGUGCUUACGUUCUUCUGCCUCCACGAGUGGAUUUUCCACAAUGACAAAAUGCGUAUGGUUCACGACAGCAUGUCCCAGCAAGAUAGGGACUUUUUCCCAGCAAACGUAAAGAACCUGAAAUGGGGUGAUUUCUUUCGCACUUAUGUUCUUGGCGUGCGGAAAUAUAUCAUCCGGGAGAGUCUCGACAAUCUGGAACAAGCCAAGAAGAAGUUUUUCAAGCUUAAAAUAGCUCACGGUUUGCUGAUUGGAUGUUUGUACUUUGGUUUGUUGGUAAUAGUUUACCUUUUCUUCAGGGGAUUAUUAGCAAGGUGUGGAAUCGAACAGAUUGUAAUAAAAUUUUAAUUUUUUAAGAAUACUCGAAUUAAUAAAAUGGUUUUAAUCCGCCGUGCC